AUGCAUUCGAGCGCGGGCGCGCGCGUGUGCGUGAGGGAAGGAGGAGUUCUGGUUUUUAUAGUAGCAGGGAGGGGCAACUUCUGAAGCACCAACAGUUGUCACUCUGUCCCUCCUCUCUCCUGAUUGCAUGGGGAGGAAGGUACACCGAAGCACCACCACUCCUUUAUAACCAGCCGCUGCUCUCUAAAACCCUACUGAGAGUGGAGUGACCGAGAAAGAAGAGGAGGAGAGGAGUGAUCGGUAGGUGAGCAGAGUAGUCUUCCGGAGGGUGAGGGUGGAGGACGAAAAUGACUGAGGAGAAAGAGUGGAACAAGUUGACGUAUGAGAUCUUCUCCAGGCUCGAGAAGGACUGGCUGGACAACCUGUGGCUCCCCUCUGCCCUCUCCCCCUCGCCCUGCACCACCCGCAUCCUCAGCAUCGACGGUGGCGGGAUGAAGGGGCUGGUGGCGGCACAGGCGCUCGUCCACCUCGAAUCCCGUAUCCAGGCCCACUCCUCUAACCCUGAUGCUCGCAUCGCCGACUACUUCGACGUCGUCGCUGGGACGGGGAUUGGCGGGAUCUUCGCCGCGCUCAUUCUUGCCGACGACGGCCGCGGCCGCCCUCUCUACUCGGCCGCGGAGGCUGUCCGCCUUGUGGCCAACAACAGCCGGAGGAUGUUCAAGCGGGGGUUGCUACGCCGCGGGUUCUCCGGCCGGAGCCUCGACGCCUUCCUGGCAGAGGCCUUCCGACGGCCCGACGGCGACCGCUGCCCUCUGACGCUCCGCGACACGCUCAAGCCGCUGCUUGUGCCCUGCUACGAUCUCCGUACCGGUGCUCCUUUCGUGUUCUCCCGUGCCGACGCGGCCGAGUCCCUCAGCUUCGACUUCGAGCUCCACCGCGUCUGCCGAGCGACGUCCGCCACCCCGUAUCUCUUCCGGCCCGUAGAGCUUGCGUCCGUGGACGGCCGGACGGAGUGCACGGCCGUCGAUGGGGGUCUCGUCAUGAACAACCCCGCCUCGGCAGCCGUGACGCAUGUCCUUCACAACCGCCGAGACUUUCCGGCCGUUCGAGGUGUCGAGGAUCUGGUGGUGCUCUCUCUCGGCAACGGGCCUCUCGAGAAAGGCGGUGCUGGCCGCAGGGAGCGCCGCCGGUGGUCCGCCGAAAACUGCUCUGCCCCAGUGGUUGAGGUUGUCCUGGACGGCGUCUCCGAUGCGGUGGACCAGAUCCUCACCAAUGCCUUCUCUGCUUGUCCCCAGAAUUACGUUCGGAUACAGGCAAGCUACCUCCCUAAGGAGUUGGAGGCCGGCAUGGACGGGUGGUCAGUGAGGAGCGUGAAGGCCUUUCUGAACGCUGGCGAGAAGAUGCUGCAGGAGAAGAGCAUGGAGUCCCUGCCCUUCGGCGGCAAGAAGCUCGCCGCCCAGCCCAACUGUGAGCGGCUGGACGCCUUUGCCAAGAGGGUCGUCGCUGCCGGAAAGCUGCCGCCCACCGGAGCCCGGAACUCCGACGCCAAGCAGUCGCCCCUGCGGCAACAUUAAUCUGCUUUGUAAUUUGAUGGCUCGUCAUCUGUAGCAACAAAGAAGGAAAAGAAAAGAAGAAAAAAAAGGCUUUACCGCAACAUAGCCUGGAACUUCUUUUCUGCACCAAUUGUAUCGGAUUUUCCCACAAAAUCAAAGUCCAAUCUGACUCGGGAUUAUCUCGAUUUCCCGUA